AUGGUCUACGGGGCAUGCAAGGGCAAACGAGUGACCCUGACGCUGGAGGAGGAGAAACGAAUUUGGGCCCAGGCGAUGGAGAUGAUCGUCGACUGCCCUACGUGCGGGCACAAGUUGACGUUCUUCGCCGUGUCAAAGGUCGCACAGGGGGGCGCCGGGGAGAAGGACUUCCACCCUCACAAUGCCAGCUGGGGCCAUGUCGUCGCGCUGUCGCGUGGGGGUGAGAACAACGAGCACGAUGAACAGAUUCUCUGCAGAACAUGCAACGCCGUCAAGGUGGCAUUCACCGACGCAGAGGCGAGCACAUUCGUACAGCACAUUCGCGCAUCCAUUCAGCAAGUCGACUAUCGACUCAAUGGAGAACAGCUGCUGGACGUAGCGAUGGCCAAGUCGCCCACGCCAAUGAGCUCCACUUAG